UCCCUGCAGUUGGAAUGUAAAUGGGGCUCUGUUCAUUGGUUGUGCGACGCUUCACUGCUUCUACAGAGUCUCAGUUGAGCAGUGCACUGGGGAAUGUGGCAGUAAGAAGUGAUUUCUGCUUCACAAUUCUUUGAAGAUGGACAAGUCAAGCGGUCUGAUUUUCCUUUACUUCUCUUUUGGAUGUCUGUGUCACAUAGCAAAUCCUGCUCUCAUGGAGAAACUGGCGAACAAAAAGAUUUGCGCAGACACGGAUUGUUCCUAUGUGAUUUCAAUGGCCCAAGUUCUUGAAGACUACAUCGCUUCAGACUGCAGAUAUAUAAACCUGAGAAGAGGCCAGAUGAUCUAUGUGUAUUCUAAACUCAAACCACAAGAGGGAGAUGGAGUCUUCUGGUCUGGAAGUGUUUAUGGUGACCGUUAUGUAGACCAGAUGGGUAUGAUUGGAUAUUUCCCCAGUAAUUAUGUAAAUGAGACACACAUUUUUAUGAAGAAAACUGUUGAGAUGCCAACAACUGACAUGGACUUCUUCUGUGCUUAAAAACAGCACCCUACUAUAUUCUUCAUUGCUAAAUGGAGUUGAGAUUUCCUUUGUGCAUUUGAACAAAAUGUUCUAUCCCCCAUCUGAAUGGGGAAACAGUGCCUAUUUUAAGUAGACCUUUUAUUCCAUGUGUUUUAAUUUAGUUAGACUGGUAUAUUGAUUGUGAGUGAGCUGAAUGAGUUCACUACUUGACCUAUUUCAUUUUUUAUUUUUUUUAUUUUUUUAUUUUUUACAUGAAGCAGAUUAUAAAAUGAAUUAUGUGACUAAAUUCAAUUAUAUGCAGUUCCACUCAAGAGCAGAACUCAAAGAGAUGCAUUUAAGAAAGUAUUUCACUACUUGUACUACUGUUCUGUACUUUUUGGCAGUGUUUAAAACCUCUUGAUACAGUAAACAGGAUGCAUGACAACUCUUGUGAGUAGCACCCUGUUUCCCUCAUGAUGGCAGUUCUGAAUGGCUCUUUUAACUGAUAGUUACAUAAAGUCUCUCAGUUAGGACUCUUUCUGAAUCUCUUCCCUUUAAUUGAUGUAGCUGCUACAUUUUUUGCAAUAUAAAGUACAUGGUCCUUUCAAUGUUUUUAUUCCUCACACAUUUAGGAAAUGUUUUCUCCAAAAACAGGAUUUUUGACAUCAAGAUUCAUAUGACAGAGGGACAUCCCAAUACUGAUACUGGUAUCGGAAUUGGGUCUGAUACCACGCUCAUGUACUUGUACUCGUGCUAAUAAAAAUGCUCUGAUACCAAAAACCAUUCCCAUCUAUCAUAUGAUUGUC